AUGCAAGAGCAGAUAACAGACGGGGAGCCGGCGCACCAUGCCCGGCGCCCCAUGAACGCCUUCCUUAUAUUCUGUAAACGCCAUCGUAGCGUCGUCAGGGACAAGUAUCCGAACCUGGAAAACAGAUCCAUUACCAAAAUUCUAGGAGAGUGGUGGGCUAACUUGGACAAAGAAGAGAAAGCUUGCUAUACAGGUCUUGCUAAACAGUACAAAGACGCGUUCUUCAGCGCCAACCCCGACUUCAAAUGGUACAAGUUACCCGCACCGCCCCUACGUACUCUGUCCGCUCGACCCCGGGACUCCUCUGACAAACAAGAGUCGCCCAUGGACUAUCACGAGGAAUAUGAAAGGACAAACAACAACUCCACGAGAAUAGACUUCAACAAAAAAUCCCACGUCACAGAAAGUGAACCGAAAGAAACAUCUAUGUUCACACCGGGAAAACUAGCCGAUGAAGCUCAAAUGGGGGGCCUCAGCAGCCUCCUCAUUCAGAAGACUGAAAACUCAACUCCGAACCCAUUUUACUCACCUCCCUCUUUUAAGUUCAACUCGAUCUCAACUUUAGCGGAAUACAGAUCUCACGGUGUAGACGGACCAAAACCACAGAAACAAGAUAAUAUACGUGAACUACAGAAUGCUUUAACUGAAACCACUAAGAUAUUUAGUGAAGAAUUCGAAAAUAAAGAACUAUAUUACAACUCAAACGAACCUAACGACCAGAUAACUAACCAAGAUGUGAUAGACCAAAUAGUUGAUACGCGUUAUUCGAAAGAAGAUGACGCGUAUAACAGAAACUGGUCGGACGAUGAAAAGAAUUCGAAGUCGGGACGGUCAUGCAAGGGCAAGCGUUACCAAGAAUUCAUGGCAGUUGGGGGACUUUUAGUUAAGCGGCAGAGGAGAGAAUGCGAUAGAAUGGACGAAGGCUAUAACGCUACGUGUAGCUGGGAUCUGGCUAACUAUCAAGAUGAAUUCACGGACCCUACGAAAUCAAACUCAAUCGACACAUCGACUGAAAGCGAAAGAACUGACGCGAUCCAAGCGUCAGAAUCAGACAAUAAUACAAACAAAACAUUCAAAGCGGCUGACUUUGACUUAGAUGCGAAAAUCAAGGCUCUGCCCUCACUUAGCUUGGAGAAGUUUCAACAGAAAAAACGCGAAAACAAGCGCAAGAAGAAAACGAUCAAUCUAAAACCAAAAGCGCUGGAAUCGUCUCAAAUUAUCAACUCAGUCCCUCGCCCUCUAAUUGAUGAGCGGCGUGAUAUGGCGGAACAUUGGCGGGAACAAGUAAUCGGUAGUCAGAAAAGAAAACCAAGAAAAAUUAGUAUCACACGACUCGAAAUAAACAGUUUAGUUUCCAAUUCUAUGAACGGAGGGAACAAAAUAAGUCCAGAGAUUAAAAUAGCCACCGAGGCGCCCAGCAGCGUCGUUCAUAACAUGGAUAUUUGCAAUCACACGCAGCAUGACGUGGACUUAUUCGCGCUGGCAACACUCGCGGAGGUCGCGGCUAAUACGUCAAAAAUUGAGGAGUCAAAUACACUUGCCAAAGUGAGUGACCCUUCCACGGUAUGA